AUGGAGAUACUUAUGGAGCGAGCUCGAGCCUUUGUCUGGGGAAAGAAUGCCUGCGGUCAACCGAACGAAACAGCAGCAAGGAAUGCCAAGGCUCGAACCACAUCAUGGAGACGGAACGCGUCACCACCAAAAGAUAGAAGCAACAAUUGGAACAGAAGUCGUGGCUCGUACCAGAAAUCAGAUCGAAGCAGCUUCCGAACUGGAAACGUACGCUUUAACACCUUCUCCGAGCUAACAAAGUCACCAAGCGAGAUCCUUAGUACGGAAACCACCCGGUUUCCUACGCCGUCGAAGCAGCGGCCUACCUCCGAUAAGCAUUCUAAGAAGUAUUGUGAAUAUCACCGAGACAAAGGGCACACAACCGAUGAGUGUUGGGCUUUGAAGCAAGAGAUCGAGAAGGUUGUACGAUCCGGAAAACUCUCUCAUCUCGUGAAAGAAGUAAAAGAUGGGAAGAAGUCUGCAGCAGGGAUUGAUAAUCCGAACACCGAGGCCGAAAUCAAUAUGAUUCGAUCUACCGAGCCAAGAGGGGUAAAACGGUCGAACCAACACAUGGCAGCGUGGAUGCACCAACCAACGUACUUUCCUCCGAUUGAUCCGGAAGAUGCUCGAGACGGACCAAUCACGAUAUCGGCCGUAGUCGCGGGACACUUGGUCCGGCGAAUCUACGUAGAUGGAGGAAGCGCCUUUGAGAUAAUGUACUUACAAUGUUUCCAGCAGCUAAACCCCCAAACGAAGAAGAGGUUGACUGAAGUAUCCACCCCUCUAAUAAGUCUUUCAGGAGAAGUGGUUCGUCCGAUAGGGCAAAUUACACUCCCGACCACAUUCAAGGAUGAUGACAAAAGCAGAACUGUUCAACUAACCUUUCUGGUUGUUGGUACUCAUUCGUCGCAUAACAUAAUACUCGGGAGAGCCGGGUUACGAGCUCUUGGAGCAAUUAGCUCGACGAUACACGGUGCCAUAAAAUUCCCUACCGAAUCUGGGGUCGCCACUAUCAUUUCAGAAUCAAAUUCAUUCAUAGCUGAGGUAAGACACGCAGCAGAAACGGGCUCCAAAAAGUCUGAAGUGCCUAUAGAACUCUGGGCGAUUAAUCCAGACUUCCCCGAACAGCAAGUGGCUAUAGGUGCUCAGCUCCCAAAACGAACGAAGAAGCUCCUAUGGGAGUUAUUGAGUAACUCGAUUGAUGUUUUCGCAUGGAAGCACUCUGAUAUGCAAGGGGUCCCCAGGUCUAUGGCACAGCACCACCUGAACGUAAAAGAAUCAAUCAAGCCAAUAGCGCAAAGAAAAAGGCAUAUGGCGCCGGAUCGAGCCAAGGCAAUUGCAAAAGACGUAAAGAGCCUCCUAGAUGCCGGAAUUAUUCGAGAAGUCUGGUACCAAACCUGGGUGUCGAACCCAUUUAUGGUACGAAAAAAGGACAACUCAUGGAGAAUGUGUAUCGACUUCACCGAUCUAAAUGACGCGUGCCCGAAAGAUUGUUUUCCAUUACCGGAGAUCGAUGAGAAGAUUCACUCCGUCACCACGUUCAGGAUGAAGUGUUUUCUAGACGCUUAUAAGGGAUACCACCAGAUACAAAUGGCAGUGGAAGAUGAGGACAAGACAGCCUUUGUCACCAACGAAGGAGUUUACUGCUUCACUAAGAUGCCUUUCGGUUUGAAAAACGCCGGUGCUACGUAUCAGCGUUUAAUGAGCAAAGCCUUCAAAGACCAGAUCGAACGAAAUGUAGAGGUAUAUGUUGAUGAUAUCGUAAUCAAUAGUCACAAUGAAGCCGCCAUGCUGAAAGACAUACUCAAAACAUUUACCCGACUCCGAAGCAUCAACAUGAAGUUAAACCCUAAAAAGUGUACCUUCGGGGUAGAAGAAGGAAAGUUCCUGGGAGUCAUGGUCGGGUCAAAAGGUUUGCGAGCCAACCCAGGCAAGAUCGAUGCUGUUCUUACCAUGAAGCCUCCAACGCCAGUCAAAGAGAUCCAGUCCUUAAAUGGGCGAUUGGCCGCCCUCCAUCGAUUCUUGUCAAAAGCGGCAGACAGAUCUUUCCCAUUCAUGGACGUGCUCAGAAAAAGUUUCAGAUCUGAGUUUAAAUGGACUGAAGAAGCCGCACGAGCCUUUGAAGAGCUUAAAGUUUAUCUCGGCACCUUGCCAACCCUCACCGUACCAGAAAAAGACAAGGUACUAACGGUCUACUUAGCCGCAUCGUUUGGCGCUAUCAACACAGUGCUAGUCGCCCACCGGGCCAGAGCACAAAUCCCCAUCUACUACGUGAGCCGAACAUUGAAAGAUUAUGAAACGAGAUACUCAAACUUGGAAAAGCUAGCUCUGGCAUUAGUCCAUGCUUCAAGAAGACUUCGUCGAUACUUUCAAGCUCAUCCAAUCGAGGUACGAACGGAUCAAAGAAUCCAGCAUGUCCUCCGACGGCCCGAAGUCUCGGGUCGCAUGGCAAAAUGGGCGAUCGAGCUGGGUGCAUUCAAUAUCACCUUCAGAACCAAAGGUCCGUUAGAAGGACAGGUGAUAGCUGAUUUUUUAGUUGAGAUGCCGGAGGAUAAAGAAAUGGAAGAAACAGAGAAAGCUCCAGACAAACCCUGGUCUUUGUAUACAAACGGCGCCUCGAGCGCCAAAGGGGCGGGAGCAGGUCUGAUACUCACCGAUCCGGAUGGCACGGAUAUGACGUAUGCGCUCCGAUUAGAAUUCAAAAGUUCUAAUAAUGAAGCUGAAUAUGAGGCCCUGUUAGCCGGAUUACGUCUGGCAACGAAAGUCGGAGCAAGAAAUGUUGUGGCCCAUGUAAAUUCCUUUCUCGUAGCGAAUCAGGUGAACGAAGAGUAUGAAGCAAGGGUAGCCAACCUGAUUGAGUAUCUCGAACAGGCCGACGCGUUGAGCAAGUUGGCAUCCGUAACGUUUAGUCAUUUGGCCAAGGAGGUAAGGGUGGAGGUGUUAACCGCGCCUUCAAUUGCCACUCCUCACGUUAUGCAAGUAGAAGCUCCAUCACAAACAUGGAUGACACCCAUAAUCAACUACCUGGUGCACGAUGUUCUGCCAGUUGAUAAAGCAGAAGCGAGAAAGAUCCAAAUCAACUCUCUUCAAUAUCAGAUGCAGGAAGGAGGUUUAUACCGAAAGACUUUCCUUGGGCCUCUGUUAAAAUGCCUUGUCCCGGAACAGGCCAGCUAUAUCAUCAGAGAAAUACACUACGGCAUUUGCGGGAUUCAUGCCGGGCCAAAAAUGAUCGUAACAAAGGUGAAAAACGCAGGAUAUUACUGGCCCGGAAUACACGAGAGUGCAGUCAAAGAACUCCAACAAUGUGACGAAUGCCAAAAGCACGCACCAGUAAGCCUCCGAGCGAAGAAUGAGAUGAUCCCGGUAACCGCCGCAUGGCCCUUCCAGAAGUGGGGCGUUGACAUAGUCGGACCCUUCCCGCGGUCGAGCGGGAGCGCCCAAUAUCUGCUUGUAGCGGUGGAUAUUUCACCAAAUGGGUGGAAGCCCGGCCAUUUACAAUCAUCUCUGGCUACAAUGUAA